AUGAAGAUACGAAAAUUAACAUUCGUCUUUUUAAUGGUAACAGUUCACGAUAUUAUGAGUAGACAGCGCUGGGUGGAGAGGUUUCCAGGCGCAAUGGGCGAUAGUUUUGGAGAAGAAACGUCUUAUAGUCUUGGCGGAGAGAACAGUGGAAGCCGAAUUGAAUCAGUAAUAGAGGCACUUCGCAAAGUUGCAGAUGUUGAACGACAGCUACAUGAAAACAAAGGCUGUAACAAGGUUGAUCUGUUGAAUAUAACAUUCGACGAACGGCGAUGGAAAAAAGAGGCGCUUUUGACCGUGCAAGUGGCUAACUUGAUAACUUCGUUAUGGCGCGCUGCCGGAGAUAAUGGUUAUCCUGUAGCCGCAAACGAUGCUCUGCUUUACCAUUAUGUCCGCUCAAUCGUGUUAUUUUCGCCGUCUGUGUUUGGAUCAGUGAUCUGCUUUGACAACAAUUUGUACAAAAACUACACACGAUUUUGCCCGUACGCCUUUCGAGAUUCCGACCUAAACGGGAGUGUUCAUGUGUUUGAUAUAGCCAGUGGGGAUUAUGACUAUACCACUGAUCCAAACGCAAUCUGGUGGCACAAACCCAAAAACAAGGCUCUCACCUUCAAACCCGCAAAAUCCUCUAGCAUGUACGAGGAGCGUUUCAACGCAACCGCGAAAAAGGCGAAGAAGACAGUGGUAGUUCCUCAUGUAACGUUUGAAAAUGGAGCCUGGACUCGACCUUAUUUCGACUGCUUUGGAGGCAAGGUUUGGAUGGUCACAUAUCUCGCGCCAUUUUUUAAUGAAACAGAUGAAUUUCUGUAAGUAUCAGUAUUUCCUGUUGAAUUCUGCUUUGUGUUUUAGUUAGAUGCCUUCUGAUUUUAUUGCGUAAAAUUUAACAGUGAAAAAUAAGCAGUAGAAAGGGAAAGUAAUUAAAGGUUUCGUUGCCAGGUAUAAUAUUAUAUAUGAUGACAAUUAAAUCUAUUCUAGUGCGACUGUUUUAUUGCGAUUGCAGAUAAUUCACCCAUCACAACAAGAACUACUCUAAAAGUGCAAUCGGUCAGGUGUUUACUUUUCUUUUUUAAUUCAUAGAGUGGAAUUCUCCGCUUGUCUGCUUAAACUGAACUGCAAAUGUAAAUUUUAACUUGUUAUUUUUAAUAUUGACAUGCGACUAACAAGUUAAAUAGUCAGAUAUAUUUUGCAUAAUUUGCUUUCAUAAGGAUUACACCCGAUUAAUUUCGUUCAGUUCUGCUGAAGUUUGGAUUAUCUGCUUCAAUAUAGUUACGACUGCAUUUUUUCCGUAAGAAGACGUGAUUUUAGGAACAUUUUGGCACAAAUUUCUCAUAGCACAGAGGGUAGAGUUCUGAAAGAGGCCCCUCCUGUACUAUACUCUGAAGUCUCCCUACAUCCUUUAUCUUACUGUAUUCUAUGCCUAAAUGAUCAGAUAAGAUCUGCAACCAGUAAGUGACUCCAUCGCAUUUCUCAAUUCCAUUACUACCAUUUACGUUAAGUAGCCACGAUAGCACGAAAACAAGGAAUAUGCUAUCUUCAAAAGAAUCGAACAAAAUCGUACGAGGAGAACCUCAGAAUUCUUAAAAGACUAGUAAUAAUUACAAAUUAGGGGAGUGCGUUCGAUGGGGAGGGGGAGGGUGAUGGGUAGUCAGUGGUAGUAACAAAAUCGUACGAAGAGAACCUCUAAAUUCUUAAAAGAAAACCGUUUAAAUAAAACACUACUUAAAUGGACGAAUGAGACUGAUUAGCAUUUGCUUUAUGAAUUUCAUUUGUAACACCCAGUGUCAUGCUCAACUGCGCCACCUGCAUCAUCAUCAUAUAAUAAUAACGAUGUAUUUAUAUAGCGCUUAUUCCUUAAGAGUCCGCAAGCGCUUCACAUUAUUAAAAAAAAUUGAAAAUAUCCUUAAAAAAUAAACUAUAACUUAACUAAAAUCUCAAAAUCUUGGAACCAAUCUCUAACAUAGUUACGUUCAUAAAAGGGUUUCUUUUCAUCAGGAUAUUUCAUCUGCAUCAUUUUUUUUUUAAAAAAAGGCCAAAAAAAACUAAUACCUGUUCAUACAGCAGUAAAUUUCCAAUAGGCUUUUUAGGGUUUGUAAAAACCAUUUUUUUUUAUCAAAAUGUUGAAGCGGCUUUUAAUUAAAAGCUUGAUAAGAUCCGAAAAACUGACAUCUCAUAAGUGCAUUUCUAAUUAUUUAGCUUUAUGGACGAAAUGUAGGUGUUCUUGUUAAAGUAAAACUCCUAUAACCAUCCAAUUGUCAUCAAGAGGUAGUAAAGGACCGUACACUGUUCUUUCCACUUUUUUGAUAGGCAAAAUUAGCGAACUAACGAAAGAAAAAAGGAAGAGAGAUGUCUUGGAUAAUGUAGCGAACUACUCUAUAUACGCAUUAGAUAAAAUGGAAACACCGAUAAUGUUCAAACAAUAAAGUCAACAGUAGGAUUAAAAUAAAGUAUAUGCAUCUUUCCAACCACGCAUUUGAAGUUAUCACAUUACUUAUUACUUUUCAGUUAUCUGAAUAGGUGUUAUUUCGUUUGGAGAAAACAGGUGUUUUUCCUUCAGCUUUGUUAAGUUGUAAAGAUGAUCAACAGAAUUAUCGCUAUCACUGUGGAGAUCCUAAGCAUCCUAGGAUCGAAUUUUACUAGCAGCUGCGCUCUCCAUUAGCGGCCCAGCAGUACAUCUUUUCUCAUUAAUCUCGCUGCAAUUUUAAAAGGCCUGUUUUAGCCCGAAUUCAUUGGGAGUCGUUGUCGAGUAACCUGCAGAGUACACCGUUGGGGUUAUUGGUUCAUAGUAAUUUCGACCUUAAAAUAAGGCUGAUUUGGACCCAUUGGUCUAAAUAAGUUCCAGAAUGGGAUGAGACAGUUAGUUUUUACAAGAGCUUUUUAGCUCAAAUCGAGUUCAAAUGACUCACUCAGAGAGAGGCAGUGAAUCAGAGGCCUUAGGUCCGUAAGUUCUAAGAUGGCGUUUCUCGCUUUAAGGCUUUAAGCAGUUACAUUGUGUCAACCCUUUAAAGGACUAAUCACACUUUUCCUUCGUUUUCCAGUGGUGUGGUCAGCAUUGAUGUGGUUCUUAGCGAUAUCGACAUCAACCAAUGUGAUAACCAAUACAUCUCUGAACAAGGAGACAAAGAAAAUUUAAUAGAGUUUAUGGGAACUCAUUUGUGCAAGCCAUCAACAAAGGCAAGAGCAUGUGAAUAAAGACAUUUUGAAAAUACAUUUGAUCAAUCAAUCCCUAAAGGGCGUAUAUUUGAAAUGGAAAAGCAAAAACACAUAAGGUAGAGCUGACUAAACGUCAUUUCUUUGGGGGAAUCCAAGAUACUCGAAGAUUUUAGAUUAGUUAAAAUUACGUCGGGAGAGACGAAAAAUCCAAAAACCCUUCUAGGCGAGCUAGAUUCAGCGGGGAAGAGAAUCCGUGCCGUAGGGAACAUACGAUUCAUGGACCUUGAAAUCAGGUUUUAGUUUCAAUCUGAUGAAUCCUUUCGGAGUUUGGUUUCUUGAGAUUCAAAACACAUUUUAAGGACUUCCAUUCAAGAGGCCACACAUAUAAUCAUAAAUAGGUGCCAAGGUUGUUCAUAGGCCAAUACAUACCAUAUUAACAUAUUAAAAUAUUCAUCCAUUUAUGGCAUAAACUCGAGGCAAUUCGAAAUAAAAUUGGUCUCCUUAACCUUUUUUACGCUUUAAAAUAUAUAUAUAUAUAUAUACAUACAUAACAUAUUUAGAAAACUAUAUCAUAUAUAUAUAUAUAUACAUAACAUAUUUAGAAAACUAUACCAGGAAGACUUAUCAUGAUUAUACCAUCGAUCGCCUGUAUUCUGCAGGACUAGCCAGUGCGAAAAAAAUCUCUCCAAAUUACUUUCAGAUUUUAGAAGCACUGGAUUCAUGUUAGUUUGUUUUCUUACUCUCCUAUACAGUGUGAGACAGUUCUUAACCAAGGAUUCAAGAGAGGAAGCUAUGUUUGCACAUGCAAACGUGGCUUCUACUUCCCAGACGCACUUGCUACAGAAAAAGCAUUCAACGGCUCUGUUAUUGAACGCGAACAUGAUCGGAUGCUCCGAGGAGAACCGAACGUCUACGAGAAUAACUUCGACUGCCGUCGAUGCAGUGAGGGAUGUGACGAGUGUGUUGAUAGCAGUCCGUGUAUUUACACUUUGAAGAUCGUGAUCCGACUGUUACUGUGCUGUCUAAAUGGUGCUGUUAUGGUUUUGACCAUAGUGUUUGCUGUGUACGUGGCUCUCCACUGGAAGGAUAAGGUAUUUAAACAAAGAAUAUCACGUGCGCGGUAUGACUGUCUCGGAAAUGGUUUGUUAAAUUUCCUAUUUCUUUUUUAACAGAUCAAGUUGCACCCAGCUCUUCGCGGCUUAUACACUACACAUUUUAGAAGUGAAUGAGAGGUGCGCCAGAAAGAUGCGCAAGUCCCGCGACUUAUCUGAUAACCGCGUUUAAAUGACCGCUUUCUGGGGACGAGUCAAAUACUCGAUAGAUUAUUUCUGUUAUUCAUUACUCAUUUGCUUUAUCCGCAGUUCAGACAUUAUGUAUGUUUCUUGUAUUCAAAUUCUACUUAAGUCAGACACUAAGACAGCCAAAUAAAUCAAAUGUACGAAAGGUGAAGGACUGAGUCAAACCACCUUAAACGGCUCACCUAAGCUCAUUUUAUACACUCAGGGUACUUGGAGCCUGUUACAGAGAAAACAUCAGGUAUUAAGUGAGUUAAGAACGCAAUAAUGCUAUAGAUCUGGGUCGAAGACAGAUAGAAACUUAUAGUUUAUGGCCCCACGUAGCCUUAUAAUAUACUGCUAGGCCCAUUUUCUUGGUGCGCCUUGUUUGUAAACCACUACUGGUAUUUGCAGACAGAUUGCAGGGGUGUAAUCAAGGAAUAACUUCAUUCUGUUUUUCUUCUUCCUCACUAGAUUUUUAAGGCCUCGAGUCCCCGCUUUAUGGAGAUCAUUUUGCUGGGUGCUAUGCUAAUGUACUCAACGGUUGGUACUCAAAUUGUAUCACGUCGUCAACCUUUACCAUCGUUGCGGGUUAUGUCCUACUCUCUGUAGUUACCUUCCUCCUAAACCCAUUUAUAAAGUAAUAAAGGUAGUACGCGCGCUCUGAUUGGCCGAGAGGCGUGUUUGCAUGAGAGUAACUAUGUAAGCAUGGUUGUGACGUCAAGAUGUUUUGUUUUUUGGGCGCUAAUCAUGCAAGCACAAAUUUGAAAUCGACAAUUUCACUUUAUUUACCCUUUCCUUCGUCAACCGAAACUUGGAAAAUCUUUAGAAACAUGCUGUGCCAAUUUUUUUUUCGCUUAAGCUGACAUUUUAAGCGAGAAAAAUCCAUAAUUUGAAAAACAAGAACUGGGGCGUGUAAGACUUCGGUGUACAAAACGUCGCGUGUACAAGACUUCAGUACCAUAACAAAGGGUUUGCGGUUUUUCUCAGAAAGUUAAUUUAUAAAAGCAACUUUUACCUGUAUUUGCAUAGACUGAAAUAAACACGAGAGGGGUUGGGAGAAUUCGAGACAGUUAUGCAAACCCGAGACGAAGUCGAGGGUUUGCAUAACUGUCUUGGAUUCUCCCAAUCGCUCUCGUGUUUAUAUCAGGCUAUGCAAACGCGGAAAACGUUUUCUGUUGCUUAUAUAGCAAUACAGUCGAACCUCCACUAACAGCUACGUACCUAUCCACAACGGCCACUUUUUUUGUUCCUGCGGACAGUUCAUACAUUGGCUCUUGUUUAAAUCUCUUUACAACAGCAACGGCCAGUAAAGGGUGUCCCCAACUGCCAUAAUAGCCUCUCGACAACGGCCAGUUUUUUCAGCUGACUGAUAAUAUGGGCAAAAUUGGUCGUGAAAUUUGAUCCCUGUGGCGCGAUGAUUAAUCGCGGCAAUCGUAUUUUGAUUGUGUCAGGAGCCCAAUCGUCUACAAUACUUACGGCGAGUGUUGCGAACCAAAUGCUCGUUUUGUCGUAUUUCAAGUUUUUUGUUUUAUUUUAUCUCUAUACAUUAUAUAUGAUUGGAUACAGUAAGCAUAAACUUAGCACAAAACGUGUUGUACUCCCUCAAAAAAACAUUUUCAUAUUACACUCCUACCUUCUACCUUAACGUAUUAGUAGUACUGUAGGGAACGAUUAGACACCUUUUCUGAGGGGUAAUCUCAUUAAUUUUUGAGUGAUACUUUUUCGAUAAUGUCAUAGCUUUUUGUUUUCAUGAAUAAAGUCCGGAAAAUCUCAUUACGAUAAGGUCAUGUGCUAUUUAUGGGUAGUUUAACACGUUGGAUAGGUUUUCUAAUUAUUUCUAGGCCGAUAAAUGUCUUGCUUUUUGAUUGGUUGACUAAAAACUGAGAAAAGUGUCCAUUGGUUGAUUCAUGUUCAAUAAGCGUCAGUGAAUUGAAAUCACCGAUUCGUAACGUAGUCAUACAAGUCCUAUUUCCUUCCACUUUCCUUGUGCAACAAGUUUUUCCACUUCCGAUUUACUAACUCUUGGAUUGCAAAUCGUGUAUAGUAGUGAUUUUGAAAACAAACUAGCUUUUUCUAGCACCAAAUCAAACCUUUCACUUACCCUUUCCCGUCUUCUACUAUCCAGUUACUUCGCUCCUCCUCAUUUUGUUUUAUUUUCCCUCCACCACCAUCACCACCACAUUUCUGUUGUUUUUCCACCACCAUCAACACUAAAUUUCUAUUGUAUUCUCUCCACCAGCCCCACCAACAACAGACUUCAGUUGUUUUCCCUAAAGCACCACCACCACCACCCAUGUGCAAUUUUUUACAUCCACCACCACCACCGCCACAACCACAUUUCUAUCUUCUCUACCAACACCAACACCACCACACCACCACCAUGUUUCUAUUGUUUUCCCUGCACUACCCCCACCAGGAACACACUUCAACUGUUUUCCCUAAACCACCACCACUCAUGUGUAUUCUUUUACAUCCACUGCCACCACCAUCACCACCACAUUUUUAUUGUUUUGCCUACACCACCACCACCACCACCACUAGCAACAAACUGCAAUUUUUUCCUUUACCACCAGCCCCACAUUUCUGUUGUUUUCCCUCCACCACCCCCACCGGGAACACACGCCAAUUGUUUGCCCUAAGCCACCACCACCACCCAUGUGUCAUGUUUUGCAUCGACUGCUACCACCCAACCACAUUUCUAUUGUUUUCCCUUCACCGCCACCACCACCACGAUCAAAUUUUUACUGGUUUUCCUCCUCGACCUUCACAUUAUCUUCCCCACAUUGACUCUAUAUUGGCCGUACAUCGCCCCCCACAUCAACCCUGCAUCGACCCUACAUCGAUCUAACAAUAAAAAGAGGAGGAGGAGGAGGGGAAAAAUUACAGAGAGUAAUCGAAUUAAUCAUUUUUCAUCUCAGUUAGGUGUUCUUAUGAUCAAAAGCAGACGUGUCUUUGGUACCUUCUAUUCGCAGCUCGUCGUUUCGUACUUCAAACCCACAGACAUCACCUGUGUUAUGAAACCUUGGCUGCAGCACAUUGGCUUUUCACUCGUUUAUGGACCCUUAGCUCUCAAGACAUGGAGGUAUUGCAAAACAAAUCUGUUUAUUAACAUAAGAUUCCUGAACCUUGACUUUUCUUAAUGAUACGAAAACUACUAUUGGUUCCACAUAAAAUGAUGGUAUAGGUAUUUUCAAGCAUCUGUACCCUUGCGUCACUUCUUAUGGCGAUACAGACAUUUGCGGUAUUUAAAACCAGUCCCAUAUUUCAGGUUUUGAUUGUAGAGUGAAUAAAUAGUCCGCCAUUAUGAGGAAGAUCCAAUGAUAGCCAUACAGUGAAGCACAACCACUACGGUCUCCAAGAAUACCGGGGACCUGUUGUCAUUUUAAAAUUGUCCCAACCUUGAAUUGUACUGAAAAGUUAAUUUUUUAAUAGACUGCUUUCAUGGCUUGCAAUAAAUUUAUGUCAACUGCGGAUGAGCAUAUGAAAGUAGAUCUGAUUGUUGCAGUUAAGUGAACAACCUGAGGACCCCCGAAUUUAGCGAUGAACGGACGCAACGCUCCAUCGUUUUGAGCCAAUCAAGCCUACUGGGAAGUAGGCCAAUUGUGAGUCCGUAAAAGUCAGUGAUAAAACUGGAUGAUGGCAUUGAGAGUGGCUUCAUGUUACUUAUGAUACCAUAUCUCGAAAGCCGUAAAAAGCAAUAGCAAUUGUCUUCAUAAUUUAGCAAACUUUGACAGAGGAAUAAAAGGAACUCAUACUCAGGGAAAAAAUUUCUGGUUCGAAAUCUCUUUCAUAAACUCUGUGCAAAACCUGUACCCUUCAGGAUGGCGAUGACUGUUCAACACUGUUUUUGUUAGGAAUCUUUGCUCAAAUAUAAUUUAAUGUUCAAUCUAAAUGUCGUCCAGUAAACUUUGUUUACUACGAUCGUAUUGGCUUAAACCUCAGUAUUUGUUUGGUGAUAACGCUGGUCGCUGCGAAGAUUCGGAUAUGACUUCAGUUUUCUAGAAAUAACGAAGAAGUGGUGGUAGGAAGAUGGCAUGUUUUACCCAAAAGAACAAGGGAAGCUUGGUCUUGGUCAAGUAUUUUUUUUAAGUCAUCAGACUUCUUUCCACAGCAAGCAUGACUCAGCAGUUAAAAAUAACAGUAAUACUUCCAGAGCUCUCGAUGUUUUCUUUUCUUCCUUUCUUUGUAGGGUGGCAUUAAUUUUCCGCGUGCGUUCGGCUCAGAAGCUUGCACUUUCUGACGGGGUUUUGUUAAGACGCCUAUGCCUUCUCGUGCUGCUUUACUGUACUUACUUGACUGCCUGGACUGCAUUUCACCCACCUUUAGUUGAAACAGCACGGACAUCUGGUGACCUCAAAUAUGAAAGAUGUGUUGAAAAUUGGUUCAACCUCACUCUGAUAUUUGGUAAGACCGGAAUAAAAUAGGGAAUAACAUAUUUUGCGAAGACUUUUACGUUUACGUUAAUUCAGGUAAUCCACAAAAGAAUAGCCAUCAAGUGGAUAUAUAUAAGAGACAAAAAUAAUAAUAAUGCAAAACAAAUAAAACAAACGGAAAGUUUUAGUUUUAAAUGAAUCAAUAAAUGAAAUUAAUAAAUCAAUUCAUUUAAAAAUGGUCCAGGCCAUCCUUGAAGUCUUUCAGGUUUGCCGGAGUAAUCACUUCAGCAGGUAAGCUGUUCCACAAGUUUAUCGUGCUGGGAAAAAAAACUCCCGUACGCCUAAGUGCCACAGUUCACAGCAAUGUAUCUCGGGGGAUGGUACUGACGGGUUCUGCUGUAAUGUAGUAGCUGGACAUGUAUAUGAGGGCAUUGGGAUGGCUAACACACCUCUGACUAUCUUGAAGAACAGCAUCAGCCUUGUCCUUCCUCGUCUCAUCUGCAAAGGCUCCCAGUUAAGUUCCUGGAUCAAACGCGUCACUUUCCCCGUCCGGUUCUCUAUCCCAGCAGUCCUCGCAGAAGCACACCGCCUUGCACUGUGAAGGCUCUAUACUAUUAAUCUGGUACUUUUGAUGUGGCAAAAAUACAAAACUGGUGUAUUCCAAAUGUGGACGUUUGAAAUAGGAAUCGUUUGCGCGUAGGUAUGAUGCAGGGACAGGUUCACUGGUGUGACAUCGCCGUUUUUAGUCAUGUUGCGGGGAUCAUAUUAUGUUCCACAAAAUCUGACAUGAAGUUUAACUGGUUUGAAUUUCUGCGUCAUGAAGCUGUUCAAAUACCUGUAGAGUCUAAAAUGUAUUCAUUGAGUUCUCAUUAGAUGGCAUAUUCUCGCAAUGAUCCGUGGUAUGUCCUGGUCUGUGAGAGAAGACCCGUCGCUCUGCAUAGCUCAAUAUCCAUGGUAUGACACCUAAGGCCAAAUAAGUCAGAAAAAAUGGUCUUUCAUGAAAAGGAAUCAAAAUAACGUUCAAAACUAGAUCACACUACGAUUUUUAAUUUCUGAACUUUACAGCCCCGCAAAAUGGAACGUGCAUCUAAAUCGCUAGGACCCUUAGAAACCCUAUCAUCAUGUCCGGAGUCCCAGUCAAUUUGAUAUUUUGUCUGUAAAUGGUGUUCAGCAAUGAACGCCAUUUACAGACCAUUUACUUAUGUCGAGGAAAAAGACAAAUCGGAGGACAAACAGGGAGCAACAUACAAGAUCAAAUGCUGCGACUGCCAGGCUACUUACAUUGGUGAAACUGGCAGAAACCUAAGCACUCGACUGUCCGAACACGAGGAAUGGUGACGUCAAAAAUCACAUUGCUGAACACCAUUUACAGACGAAACAUCAAAUUGACUGAGACUCUGCGACAUGUAUUACGUAUUCUACAGACGACUAUCAACAACUUACUUUAGAAAGUUGGUUUACUAACUUAGAACAAACGCCACUGAAUCGUAGCCAACAGUUACCAGCACCGUACAAACGACUUAGUGAGGAGAUCAAGCAAAACUAACUACGAGAGAACGACUGGAGAACUGACAAUUUGACUAACAAUAGACGACUGUUUAACUGUGACAAUGGACGGAUCGAAACGCACCAAUUACUGAUUACGAGUCUUCAUAGCCAGUAACAUCAAGCUUCAGCUGACGGACGACCAAUAACAUCGCGACGUAAUUGACCAAUCAGAUCAAUAACCAGAGUACAUCAACUGACGUUAUACAACUCACUUUGACUCUGAAGAUGACUACCCCACAGGUUGUCGAAACGUCAGUCACUGUCAACAACAACAGUCCAAUUCAGGACGACGUUCACCCGGACGAUCAAACUCAACCUACUUUUGAAAUGACUCCUGGUUUCAAAACCUUUCACAAAGAGAUUUUAGCGUUUGAAUUUUAGAUGGGAACACCUGGUGGAUCGGGGGUUUUACCAUUGCAAGUGCUUACCAACAUAGACAAGGGGCAAUUUCGUGUGCCAGUUGGGCAAUUUAUUGAGAGGUCUUUAUUGUAGUUAGAUAGAAAAUCCAGGAAAUGCAAUCCUGGACAAAAGUCCUUGGGACAGUGAUGCGGUAUUCUUAAUUUCCCGUAAUUUCUAUGUCUCUUCACAAAACACUUCAUCCUUCCCGAAAUUUGCUUUAAGUGUCUGCUAGCUGUCUAAUUUAACCAGCAUUGCAGCUAUCUAUCAUUACAGGAGAUAUGAUGUUGCUGAUCUGGGGAAUGUGGCUUAGUUACAAGAUUAGAAACGCCCCACCAGCUUACAACGAGAGUAAGAUGAUCAGCUGGGCCGUUUAUAGCGCCAUGUUUGUCACCAGUUUUCUCAUGGUUUUAAGGUCAGUAUUCCAGUUGUUUUGCUCCGAGCACCCUAGGCCGAUGUGUUGCAAUUAACUGGUGCUACACAUCGAGGCAGAACGAGCGAAAGAGUUGUUGUCGCUAUCAUCUUAAGGAUUAGAUAAACUACACAUUCAUGGAUGUGAAGACAUACUUACGGUUGGGGGACUGAAAUAAUUUAUGGAACCAAAGAUUACCAUACAGCCUUCGAACCCAGACAUAUAUUUCCUUUCGUCCCUUCUCUCCACCCGAGAGAAUAGCGACGACCGGAAAUACGCCUUCGUUCACAGGCUACACGGAUUGCCGAUACUGACGGGUCAUUGCCUGGGGGACGCGGUGAGGCAUCUACUUAUUUCUCGCUUUUUUCCGUGAUUUUAGGAUAACUACGAAAGGAAACACAAAUCCAGACUUGUUGUACGGGCUGGACUUUGUGCUGAUUCACAUGGAUUGCUCCACCGUGAUAGUUCUCAUGUUCGCUCAUAAGGUAUUGCUCUUGUACGCUCCAUUUUAGUUGUGUCUUUGUACUGUUUUGUGUAAGAUUGUGUACUUCCCAUAAACUUCUACGUUGCUAGUAUAGUUAGCUGGAGAAUGCCCUUGGUAGCUUGGGGCACGUGAUCGCAGUACUCCACAGCUAAAAACACAAUGAACAAGUCGUAAGAAUGUGAGAGAUGUUUUCAACACGGUUAACAUAACGUUUUGCGGCUUUCGGGCAUCCGCUAGUUUUGGACAGGUUACUAGAAUCAUUUAUACUCUACUUUGGCGGAGUAUUGCAAGCAGCAGACUUAGUAUGACUUGUAAUGCUUUAUUGUUUUGUUUUGAUGUUUUUUUCCUAAUAAUUUCCUACCACUUAUGUCUCAAGUUUUAUUGAAGAAAAAAUUCACGUGUAGCACACACCUGAAUACAUAUUUCAGUGUAAGAUGUGUAAUUUUCCAGUCAGAGUCUAAAACGACAGCGGGAACGAUCUCCAUUUAUCCCUAGGACGUUUUCCUUAUCAAAAGAUCAGGCAAUGAAUUUCGCCUUUCUGGAGAGUUUUGCUGUUGCUAUUGCUACGUCUCGGGUCAAAAAAUGGCCAAAAAUACUUUCAAAUACCAAGGACAACAGUUCUCUAAUGCAGGAGCGCGAAGCCACUUUUUAGAAAUAUCGGUUCAAAAGAGAAUUGAUCUCAUACACCAACAGUCACACUCUUAGUUUGUUGUUAGUAUUUACUAGUACGCCGGAUGCAGAGAACAGUGAAUGAUUGUACGUCGUCACACAAUAAUAUGCUGGUUCCUGAGGAGGAGAUAGUUGAAGAACAAAGUGUCCAUCAGGAAGAACAGUCGCUGAGAAAAGAGAAUCAAGAACUUAAGGUACCCUAGAACGUUAUGGAUGAGAAUCAUCAAUGCAGUAACCCUAGAGAAAACUAAAGAAGAGGGAGAGGGGGAGUGGAGGGAGAAAUAAGAUGGGUAUAAAUAUUUUAGAUUUGAAAGGUUUGUUUUUCAAAAAUAUUUCUCUCUGAGCAAAUGAAGUUUUAAACAAAAUCAUGCCAGCUAAUCGAGUGAUUGGGUGACUCUUUUCAAAGGAAAUUUUGCCAUAGAUAAAACUUCACAGAGCUUUAUUAUUGCCUUGGUUAUGACUAUUAAUACCUUUAAGGUCAAUUCCUUUACAUGCUGUCUGGCGGCGGCGUAGUAUAAAUAGUCAAAAGCCUGGUUUAAAGUUGAUCGCAUUACAAGCAGUACAAAAUUCCUAAAUCACCAAAAACAAGUCUUCAAAGUACAAAAAACCUUCGAGUCACCUUAAUAACAGAGCAGAGUGGGAAACACGGAAUGUGUAUCUAGAAGACUUUACGGUAUAUAAAGUAGUGUAAUCUGCUGUUUGAAGAUCAAAUAAACCAAAAAAUUGACAUAUUUUCUUUUGUCGCUUUACCUUCACCAAACACUAAAAAGAACCAUCCUAAGUGAGAUUUGGGUAAAGAUUUUUCUUCCCAAGCCUUUAUAGAAAGAUAAAAGAUCAAAUCCGAGCAUUUCCGAAGACUUCACGAAAACGUUUCUGAAAUGGCCGCGUGAUAGACUGGAGACUACUUGACGUCAAUGUUGGUCUUUCAGGGCGGAAAAACGUUCUACGCAAGCUUCUGCGCAUCCUUAUUUAACUGUCCUUAUUGCCUGCGUUUGUUUGUCUUGUUCUGUGAGAGUUCUGACUGAGACUGAAUGAAAUACACGAGGUGUGAACGUUUACUCGUUGUAAAGGCUUUUUUUGUUGUUGUUUUUGUUGUUGUUUUUUUUUUCGUCAAUUGAAAAUUACUUUGGAUUCAGAACAACCAAUGUUGGAAUAAAACCGGUUCAUUCCGUCAGUCUGAGGUGGAAUAAAACGUUUUAAACAUUUCCAAACAGGUUUAUAUUUUUCUGAUAAUUGUGCAUUCGAUUUGUGAGUUGAUUUUGUGUCCAGUGCUUCGCCUUCUUUCGCCGGGUUGAAUUAAAACCUGCUUGUAUUCUGUUAUUAAUAGUUAUGGUUACUUUUUUUACAUGCCCAGAUUUAUUUACCUUUGCAGAACCAGCUUUAUCCUUGUCUUCAGUCAAAGAACCGUAACGGCUAACGCAUGCGAGUGAACAACCUUGUGCGCUUUUAACUUUUAAAAACUUUCUCGGAACUUUAGAAGGCCAGCAAGCUUACUCCAGAAGAAAAGACUACUUCGAUCAUUUUUCUGUUGCUCAAGUAAUAAUAGUCAGAGUUUUUUUCCUUUAGUUUUUUCAGUUUUAAUUACAUAGUUUUGUUCUCUUUCUGUAUGCAAAUUUUCCUUUCACUCGCUGUGAAGUAGCGGAGAACGACAACUGCCGGCAGUGACUCCAAAACAAUCGACUCUUUGCCCGUAGACAUGCACAAUUGCUGGAGCUGGAUUUGACUGAAGCGAGCAAAACAAAAUUAAUCCUUAUGUGCAGUUCUCUGUAUUUUCUAAUGAUUCAGUUUGCUGAGUUUAAUUUGCUUGAAUGAAGAUCCUCGCAUGGACCAGUUAUUAAAAGUUACUAAUCUAGCUAAGCAGUCGGAAUCAUGGCUUGGCUGCGAAGCUUUCAACUGAUCUUUUGCUUUUAAGAUCUUUAGGUACGUUGUUUCCGUACAGAAAAUUCACUUCAUCUUUGUCAGCAGGUAUAAGAGCCUUAAGCCUUAUGUUGUUUUAAUGAAACUUUGUUGUUCUGCUACAUUAUUGAAGCUUCUUUUAGUUCACUUAAGCUGAAUCUUAUGCAUGAUUGAAUUGUUCUUUGUUUGUCGCAUCUCUUUGCCAGCUUAAAGUGGUGUCUGUGGUCCUUAAAGAGACCUCAAUCGGUAACUAAACCUUAUACAUAAUUGGAAAGAAGUUUUUGCAAUAAUGUAACUUUGACUUUGUUUGAAGGAAAUCUUACUUACGCGUAGGUUUUUGACAGGUGUUAUGCAAGCCAUGUUCAACUUGACAACACAGCGCAAAAUUAAUCUGCUCGAAACGAUCAAGUUUAAAAAACUAUUGUUGCUUUGAAACCGAUCUUGGGGAAGAUUUACUAGAUAAUGAUUAACUCUUUUUCUGCCCACAUAUCAACGUCAAAACUUCUACAUUGAGGAUUUUGUUUUAUAUUUUAGUGAUCUGCGAAGCUAGAAGUGUCCGAUCGAGCGUGGGUUUUAAAAUAUCAGCUCGAGUGCGACAAAGUUCAGUGACUUCAAACACAUUGUGGGCAAACUUGAAUUUCCUUAGGCAGAUUACUAUACAAAGAUAUUUUGUUUUUUGUGUGUCCACGGUGGAGCUCCGGACCUUAUAUAUCCAGUAACUUCCUUAUAUGAACACAUUUUGUUAAUGCAUCUUGAAAAACAUCGGACUUACGCACGCACAUUUCCAGUACAGCUCAAGGAAAUAGUAAAUGUCGUUAAAGUCCGUUUUACUAUUACGUAUUCUUCGAGAAAAUUAAAUAAUAAGAUGAUAACCACAGCUUGCAACUUUUGAAGACAAGAGGCCUGUUCUUUCCAGGUUUAUGGCCGCACAAACCACUUCUGCGCCAGCGGUAGCCGUUAGAGAAAUUUCCCACUUUUUUUCACCUGACCAACAUUGACGUCACAAGGUGUUAUUUCCGAAGACUUUUCCGACCGCUCUACGAAGAUAAGGGCCAAAAAAUAGCAACUUUUAAUUGCAAAUAUCUCGGAGAUACAUGCUUCAAUUGAGCUGUAACUUCAUAGUAUGUUUAUUUGGUUCAUAUUAAACACAUUUCACUAGAAUUGAACUAAAAUAAAAAAAAAGGUCGAAAUUUUGGUUCAUGUGACCUUUAAAGAAAAUAAUGCGACUGUAAAAAUUAAAGAAGUAACAUUUCUUUUGUAUGUAGGAAGAGAUGAGACGAUUAAGAGUCAAACUGGCUACGCUACAGUCCACCUUAAUGAAAGAAGAUAACCAUCAUAUGAAAAAGCUAAGUAGCGGAGGAGCAUUCAUCCGUAGAAAGAGCGCUUUCACUCUGACACGUAAAGGAGCCGGACAUGUUCAGAGUAUGAAACGGCAUUCGCUUCAGUUAGCGCCCACACUACAGGAUCCUUGCAAGGACGGACAUGAAAUCUCAGGGGACGGACCAAACAAGAGAGGAGAGUUAAGGGAUGCCAACUCAGAGCUUAUUCCAGAGUUUAUUGAAAUCGGCAGCGAUAUCCCUUGUCCUCAGGAACUGAACCGGUCUGCUGCGUUUCUGCAUUCUGACAGCCUACACAACAGAAUCUACCAUCCCAGCGGACCAAUAUAG